GAGCCCAGGGGGGCUGCGUGGCCCGGGCUCUGCUAGAAGACGGGACCUUCAAGGUCCGCGCGGUGACGCGGAACCCCGCGAAGAAGGAGGCCAAGGAGCUGAAGCAGAGGGGAGCUGAGGUGGUGAAGGCGGAUCAGGACGAUGAGCCAUCGCUGGAGCUGGCCUUGGCGGGUGCUUACGGAGCCUUUGUUGUAACCAACUUCUGGGAGCACUGCAGCAAAGAGAAAGAAAUCGCACAGGGAAAGCGGCUCGCUGACCUGUCGAAGCGCCUCGGUCUGCGCCACGUUGUGUACAGCGGCCUGGAGAAUGUGAAGCGGCUGACGGGGGGCCAGCUGGAGGUGCUCCACUUCGAUGGCAAAGGUGUAGUGGAGGAGUACUUCCAGGAAGUCAGUGUUCCCACCACAACCAUCCGAGUGCCUUUCUACUUCGAGAACUUCCUCUCCAUCUUCAAGCCGCAGAAGGUCCCGCAGGGAGACACCUUUGUCCUGGAGCUGCCCAUGGGGGACACCCCCAUGGAUGGGAUGGCGGUGGAGGACAUCAGGCCUGUUGUGCUUUGCCUGCUGAAGUCCCCAGAGGAGUACAUAGGCCAAACGAUUGGGCUCAGCACCGGCAAGCUCACUGAAGCAGAAUAUGCUGCUGUCCUCUCCCAGCAGACAGGCAAGACGGUGAAACCCAGCAAGAUUUCACCAGAGGAGUACAAGAAACAUGACUUCCCCGGGGCCAAGGAACUGGCCGCCAUGUUCCAGUUCUACACCCUGAAGCCCGACCGCAACGUGGACCUGACCAUGAAGCUCAACCCCAAGGCCCGCACCUUCCCGCAGUGGGUGGCUGACAACAAAGCCGCCUUCUGA